AUGUCGCGGCGGCGGCGGCACAGUGACGAGAGCGAUGGGCAACCUCACAAAAGGAGGAGAGCAUCUGAGCCAUCUGAAAUUGAAGAGAGACUUGAAUCUUUAAUAUACAGAGUGGGAGAGAAGAGUACUUCCUCUCUGGAGAGCAACUUGGAGGGUCUAGCUGGUGUCUUGGAAGCUGAUCUACCAAACUAUAAAAGCAAGAUAUUAAGAAUUCUUUGUACUGUCGCACGUCUGUUACCAGAAAAGCUUACCAUUUAUACAACAUUAGUUGGGCUGCUGAAUGCCAGGAACUACAACUUUGGUGGGGAAUUCGUAGAAGCCAUGAUUCAUCAGCUCAAAGAAUGUUUGAAAGUCAACAUGUAUAAUGAAGCUGAGUACUUAGUUCGUUUUCUAUCUGAUCUUGUGAAUUGUCAUGUAAUAGCUGCACCUUCAAUGGUAGCCAUGUUUGAGAACUUUGUAUGUGUGACACAGGAGGAAGAUAUACCACAAGUACGAUGUGAUUGGUAUGUGUUUGUAUUUCUGUCAUCUUUGCCUUGGGUUGGAAAAGAGUUGUAUGAGAAGAAAGAUGCUGAAAUAGAUCGUCUCUUGUCCCACACAGAAAGCUAUCUGAAGCGUCGCCAGAAGAUUCAUAUACCCAUGUUACAAGUUUGGACUGCUGAUAAACCACAUCCACAAGAAGAGUACUUGGACUGCCUUUGGGCCCAGAUUCAGAAGCUGAAAAAAGACCGUUGGCAAGAAAGACACAUUUUGAGGCCUUACCUUGCCUUUGACGGUAUUCUUUGCGAAGCAUUGCAGCAUAACCUGCCUCCAUUCACUCCUCCGCCUCACACUGAAGAUUCAGUAUACCCAAUGCCAAGGGUUAUUUUUCGGAUGUUUGACUACACAGAUGACCCAGAGGGCCCUGUCAUGCCUGGCAGUCAUUCUGUUGAAAGAUUUAUAAUAGAAGAAAACCUCCACUGCAUCAUCAAAUCCCACUGGAAAGAGAGAAAGACUUGUGCUGCACAGUUGUUGAGCUAUCCAGGAAAUAAUAAGAUACCCUUGAACUACCACAUAGUAGAGGUAAUAUUUGCAGAAUUGUUUCAGCUUCCAUCUCCACCACAUAUUGAGGUUAUGUACACAGCACUCCUCAUUGAACUGUGCAAGCUCCAGCCUGGCUCUUUACCACAAGUUCUUGCACAAUCCACAGAAAUGCUUUACAUGCGUUUGGAUACAAUGAAUACUACAUGUAUAGACAGGUUUAUUAACUGGUUUUCCCACCACCUGAGUAACUUUCAGUUUUGUUGGAGCUGGGAAGAUUGGUCAGACUGUCUUACUCAGGACCCUGAGAAGCCUAAAUCCAAAUUUGUGAGAGAGGUUUUGGAAAAAUGCAUGAGGCUUUCCUACCAUCAGAGAAUAAUAGACAUUGUUCCUCCAAGUUUUUCUGUCCUCAGUCCUGCAAACCCAGUGUGUAUUUACAAAUAUGGAGAUGAAAGCAAUAGGUCUCUUCCUGGGUAUACUGUAGCACUCUGUUUAACGAUUGCAAUUAAAAAUAAGGCCAGUAAUGAUGAAAUCUUCAACAUUUUAAAAGAUGUACCCAAUCCAAAUAAGGAUGAUAAUGAUGAUGAAGGAUUCGCCUUCAGUCCUUUGAAAAUAGAAGUUUUUGUGCAGACUCUGCUCCAUCUAGCUGCGAAGUCUUUCAGCCACUCCUUCAGUGCUCUGGCUAAGUUUCAUGAAGUCUUCAAAGUACUUGCUGAAAAUGAUGAGGGGAAACUCCAUGUCCUGAGAGUUGUAUAUGAGGUUUGGAAGAAUCAUCCACAGAUGAUUGCUGUUCUUGUGGAUAAGAUGAUUCGAACACAGAUUGUUGAUUGCGCUGCAGUAGCAAACUGGAUCUUCUCUUCAGAACUUGCACAUGAUUUUACUAGGUUCUAUGUCUGGGAAAUCUUACAUUCCACAAUUCGUAAAAUGAAUAAGCAUGUACUGAAGAUUCACAAAGAGCUGGAGGAGACUAAGGCAAGAUUGGCAAGGCAGCACAAAAGACGAGAAAGUGAUGAAGAUGAUAAUGAUGACCGAAAUAGUGAUAGAGAAGAUGGACCUCUAGAAGAACAAAUAGAACGCUUGCAGGAAAGAGUAGAAUCAGCCCAGAGUGAACAGAAGAAUCUCUUCCUUGUUAUAUUCCAGCGUUUCAUUAUGUUGUUAACUGAACACUUAGUGCGUUGUGAAACUAGUGGGACUGAUGUAUUUACACCUUGGUACAAAAGCUGUAUAGAGAGGUUGCAGCAAAUCUUCCUACAGCAUCACCAGAUAAUUCAGCAGUACAUGGUGACCCUGGAGAACCUCCUAUUUACAGCUGAACUGGACCAUCACAUACUGGCUGUAUUUCAGCAAUUUUGUGCUCUGCAGGCCUGA